ACCAAAACCUUAGCCCAAACCCUUUCAAUAUGAUCUCAGCCCGCUAAUAUUCAAAUUUCUAAAUCGCGAAUCAUCACCGCUACAUCACUCUCUAUCCCCGAUCGGCGGCACAAGAUGGCACCGGCGAAGGCGGCGGCCCGUACAAUUUCACAGAAAGCCUUCGACGAAAUGGUGGAGGAAAACAUAGAAGAUCUCGGCAUGGAUCCGGCUGAAGCUCUCAACGACGCUAUCCAGACACUCACUCUUCAAGCCGUCGAUCUAUCCGGAAUUGUGACCUCCGUACCAGGAGAAACUAAUCCAGUUAUCGAGUGUUUGGGGAAACUGAGAGAGGAAAAGCCGUGCCCGGAAGCUGUUGCAUUAUUGGAUGAGUUGAUCGUUUUGUGUGUAGAUAAAGAAUCGGGAAACGCGGCAAUUGCGGCCAAAAAUGGAGCGGUGGAGUUGAUUAUUUCUGUUUGUGCAAAGCUCCGAGACGAGUAUCGCCAGGGUUUGGCUUCAGGAUUAAGGGCCUUGGCUUCCGUUAUUCACGAUCUCCAAACUACUGAAAUAUUUAAGGAAAAUGGAGGCCCAAAGAUAGUUGUAGGUAUUCUGAGCAAUGAAAGUGAAGAUGUUAAGAUAGUAGAUAGUUGUUUCUCUGUUGUCGCUGCAGCUGCAACUGGAAAUGAAGUUCUCAAAGAAUCAUUCAUGGACAUGAAAAUAGAUGAAUUAAUAUUACAGAUUCUAAAAGAAAACAAUGGAGAGAGCAUUCCGAGCAUAUAUAAUGCUAUACAUGUCAUCUUAUCAUCUGAUGACAAUCGCGUUCUAGCUUCACAAGUAUUUGGUUAUGCUCGAAAGUUCUCAAAGUUGGGAAUUGCAGAAGUUCUUGUAGAUUCACUUCGUAAAGGCCUUAGUUCCUCCUGUCUAAUAUCAGCUAGCAUUGCUCUGAAAGCUGUAGCUGUGAAUGAUGAGAUUUGCAAGUCCGUUUCUCAUGUUGGGGGUAUAGAUGUCAUUCUAAGGUGCCUUGAUGAUAGUGGUAUGCAGGGCAACAGUGCUGCAGCAAAAGCUCUGUGCUCUUUGCUGUCUAAGCUUGCAGGAAGUGAUGUAAAUAAGAACCUUAUUGUUGAAAAGGGAGGCUUAGAUAAGCUUGUUAAUCUUUCAGCGAGAUUCUCAGACGAUCCUUUGGUGCUGCAAGAGGUCAUGUCAAUUAUAACUACUCUGUGUUUGAGGUCCCCAGAGAAUGCAGCUCGUGCAAUUGAAUCUGGAGCCGGGGACCUUGCUAUUCAAACUAUGAAAAAGUUUCCUCAGUCGGAUCAGCUGCAGAGGAGCUCUUGUUUCAUGAUCAGGAACCUUGUCGUUCGAAAUGCAGAAAAUAGAAAAAUUCUGCUUAAUAAUGGUAUUGAGCAACUAAUCCGAAGGGCGAAGCAAAGCCACACGAACUGCAAAGCUGCUGCCACCGAUGCGCUUAGGGAUUUAGGUUUGGACAAUUACAACUCGUGAGCUUCUUUACUAAUAUUCCCUCAUAUUUCAUAUUGCUUUGUUUCAGCCACUGUCCAAGAAUUCCACCUGUUGUAAUCUCAUGCCAUGAUCUCAUCACAUCUGUUUUAAUAUUUUGCAAAUAUAUGUUGGUAUCGUGGUUCUUUUUAA